GCAGAUGAUGAUCGUAAGUUGUCAGCUAUAUACAUAAGUAUAAAAAUACUAUUAUAAUAUAUAUAAACCUAGAUAAACAUCUUCUUUUCUCUUGAAAGUUGAAACUUAGGAAUUUGGUAUCUACAAACAAAUCUAGAAAGCAGCAAAGCUUUUGUUUUUGUGUUUGAUAUUCUGCCGCAGAUAGUAGAUGUCUUUCCUGAAUUCUGCUCAGCUGGAGGACAACCACUAUUACCCUCUUUCUGACUCGGGUUCUCCUUCUUCACCCACAGCAACUGAUCAUCAUCACCUCAAACAUGAUGAUGAGACGAAAACACAAAGAACAUGGCCUGCGGAAGAUGGGUCUCGAACCCAGAUGCACAAGCCACACCUCAACAAGUACGCACUUGCUGGUGCUAUUUUGGCUUCCACAAACUCUAUUCUCUUAGGCUACGAUAUUGGGGUAAUGAGUGGGGCAGUGCUUUUCAUAAAGGAGGAUCUGAACAUCACAACGAGCCAAGUUGAAAUCUUGGUUGGAUCCCUGAAUGUAUGCUCUUUGAUCGGAUCUCUUGCAUCAGGAAAGACUUCGGAUUUGAUCGGCAGGCGUUAUACAAUUGUCCUCGCAGCACUCACUUUUCUAACGGGUGCAAUUUUGAUGGGCCUCGCACCAUCAUUUUCAUUCCUCAUGGCCGGAAGAGUAGUCGCCGGUGUAGGAGUCGGCUACUCCCUCAUGAUUGCUCCGGUAUACGUGGCAGAGCUCUCGCCUGCUCUCACCCGAGGUUUCCUCACCUCUCUCCCGGAGGUCUUCAUCAAUAUCGGAAUCCUCCUCGGUUACAUCUCUAACUAUGCUUUUUCAAGUCUCCCGCAGUACGUGAACUGGAGGCUCAUGCUCGGCCUCGCCGCUUUACCGGCGCUUAUCGUCGUCGGUGGCGUAUUGGCAAUGCCGGAGUCACCCAGGUGGUUGGUCAUGAGAGGACGGCUGAACGAAGCCAAGCAAGUUCUUAUAAGAACUUCGGAGACCAAAGACGAAGCCGAAAGCAGACUCGCGGAGAUUGAGAAAGCUUCUUCGUUCUUGCUCGUUCACAGGGGAAAUUCGUCGAACGGUGAAUGGCAGGGACAAGGAGUUUGGAAAGAGUUGCUCUUUAAACCUUCUCGACCUGUUCGCCGGAUUCUUAUCGCCGCCAUUGGCGUCAACUUCUUCAUGCAAGCCUCCGGAAACGACGCCGUUGUGUAUUACAGCCCGGAAGUGUUCAGGGACGCCGGAAUCGACGAUAAGCAACAACUUGUGGGCGUCACGGUGAUAAUGGGUCUUGUCAAAACGUUCUUCGUUUUUGUUUCGGCUCUUUUCUUGGACAGCUUUGGCAGACGGCGAUUAUUGCUAUUGGGCUCUAUUGGUAUGGCAAUCUCAUUAGCUGGUUUGGGCCUAGGCUCGAAGUUUCUAGAACAUUCGAUGAUCAAGCCCGUUUGGGCUAUAUCUCUCUGUGUUGUAGCGGUAUGUUCUGCCGUUUCAUUCUUUUCUAUUGGGCUUGGGCCCAUUACGUGGGUCUACUCGUCUGAGAUUUUUCCAUCGAGGUUACGUGCCCAAGGCUCUAGCCUGGCGAUUUCAGUGAACCGAUUGGUGAGUGGUUUGGUGUCCAUGACAUUUUUGAGCAUCUCUAGGGAGAUUACUUUUGGAGGAACGUUUUUUGGUCUGGCAGGAAUUAUGGUUGUUGCUACGGUUUUCUUUUACUACUUUUUGCCUGAAACUAAAGGGAAAAGCUUGGAAGAGAUUGGGGCACUAUUUGAGGAUGAACUUAUUCACUGAACAAUUUAAAGUUGUUUUGGCUGUGAAAGUUGUUUGAUGAUCAGUUAUUCAGAUUUCUUCUUUACCACAUAAAAUGAGAAGAAAAGUGGGCACAAAAUUUGAAUAUGAGAAUGGAGUUUCGAUAUAUACAUAUAAAAUAUAUGUUGUAGCUCUAAUCUUACUUUCUCUAUCAAAACAACAUAUGGAUGUGUUUAUUAGCAUGAA